AACGCAACUGAAGGGUGCAAAAUGAAACCUCAUAUCAUGUAAUCUUCUGAUUUCCCAAUUCACUAUUUUGUCAUCGAUAGAGUUAGUAAAAGGUAGAAACGUCGCAGUUCUAUCCCAAUGCUUUCGGAAUUUCUAGUGCUAAGCAUUUUCGCCUCCUCUGCAGCAGCAGAUCUUCUCUCUAUCUCUGUGAACCCGGACAGACAGAGGUUGGUAGACAGCUUCGGUCGGGAGGUCUUCUUUCACGGUACAAAUGUUGUGGUCAAAGAAUUUCCGUGGCAUCCCGAACUCGAAGGCUUUUCGGAUGGAACAUUCUCUGAGCAAGACAUGAAACUUUUGAAAUCGCUUGGCCUCAAUGUUGUGCGUCUUGGAUUUAUGUGGCCUGGGUUGGAACCCACGAGAGGCAAAUACAACGAGACUUACCUGCAAGUUAUGCAGCAUAUCGUCACACUCUCUGCAAAAUACGGUAUUUAUGUCCUGCUGGACAUGCACCGGGAUGCCUUUUCCAGGAUGUUGUGCGUCGAGGGUUUACCAACCUGGGCAGUCAACCCGGGAAAUGCCAAAGGAUUCCCUGAACCAUUACACGAGCCGUUUGCUCUCGAUCCCAAAACAGGAAUGCCAUCGGACGAAGAUUGCGCUAAGUUUGUUUGGUCAGAUUACUACCUCACCGAAGCGACUAGCGUGGCUUUUCAAAACUUGUACAACAACACUGACGGGUUGUUAGAUAGCUGGGCUGCAUUUUGGGCCAAGACUGCCUCGGGUUUUAAGAAUUUCUCCAAUGUUAUUGGCUACGAGCUUAUCAAUGAACCAUGGGCAGGCGACAUUUACGCAAAUCCACUGCUUGUCGUUCCAAAAGUCGCGGAUAGGAUGAACUUGGCUCCUGUCUACGAAGUCCUAAGCAAAGCUAUCAGGCAACAUGAUGAUCAACAUUGUAUUUUCUUUGAAGGUGUAACAUGGGAUGACUUUGGAGUCGGGUUUAACAGUGUGCCAGGCGGGGAUGAGUACCGCAAUAGAAGCGUUCUCAGUUAUCAUUACUACAUCCCUCCAUCGAUAGAACUAAUCGAGAACUUCGAGGCACGGAAAGCGGAUUUGGAGAGAUUAAAAUGUGCUGGAAUGCUAACGGAAUUUCACACUACCGUGGGAAAGAUUGAAACAAUGUUUGAAACGAUGAUCGCUGCUGACAUUUACCUGCAGUCGUGGAUUGGAUGGGAUUACAAGGCGUAUCAUCCGUCCCGCCCCAGCCUGAAAGGCGACAGGUGUUGUCCAUUGUGGAAUGGAACAGGACUCAAUCAAAUUUACGUUCAAAACACGACUCGUACUUACCCUCAAGCCGUUGCGGGUAAUACUGUAAAAUUCAGCUUUGAUUUGUCAUCUAAAGAAUUCGUGUUAGUUUAUGAAGUGUCCGACACGUGCCACUCAACUGAAUCUGUUGUCUAUUUGAACGAAGCGGUGCACUACCCACUGGGUUAUAGCGUGACAGUCACGCCAGCUUCUGUCAAAUGGUCCUCCACAGAGGAAAAUCUGGUUGCUUUUAAUCAUCUCACAUCCACACCACCAGGGUCAAGUGUGAUGAUUACCAUCAACAAAAAGUAAACUGAAAGGAUUGUGAAAAUUUUACCAGCAAUUAUCAAAUAUCGAAUACAUCUCCUCAACCCUUAGUCUGAAUUUCAGCCGUCUCUCCCGCACCCCCGUCGGGGUAAAGGGAAGAGACGGCUGGGGUCUGUAUUCCACAUGCUGUUAAUUUUUGGCCCAAAUAUCCCGUAUCCCUUUAAAGAUUCUCCUAAUCGAUAUCCCAUUCUAUCUGACCUGAAUUUCCCAUUCACAUUAAUUUUUCUCUCAAAUAUCCUGUAUCCCAUUACUCUUUUUAAAAACCCCUCAUAGGACCUCAGCAGCGUUUUGCAGUCUCUUGAGCUCAUUUCAUGUGGCAGUGCAGUCUAGGUUUGUAGUGCACGGAUGACAGAUAACAAGGACUUCCAACCCCUUGGAAACCCGUUUUGAAUGAUAACGUGGGAUUUUCCUAACCGAAUGGAAACGGGAGGGGAUGUCUAGACGGCACAAAUCUAUUACGUGGCAAAGGUUCGUUUGUACCACUUAUAUAGCAGAGCAGCAGGACAGUAUGGCAGUAUGUUGUCCCGACGCAUAUUUUGUUGGGACUAGGGGGAAUGCUUGGUAGGAAAGUGUUAAUUAUUGAGAUUUUCCCGCACGAUACAUUGCCUUUUUUUGCACAGUAAUGAAACCUGUAUUAAGCGGACACCCUUGGGACCCUCACUAGUGUCCGCUUAAUACAGGGUGUCCGUUCAAAACAGGUUCUAGUAUGUUCGGCAAUAAUAGUUUAUUGUUAACUCUUUUGUAACACGGUGUAACACAGUGUAAGAUAAAAGACUCGCAUAGUACACUGUCCAGUCAAUCGAUGCGUCAAUCUGGAAUAAUCACUUAGCUUUAAAACAACAUCGUUGAACAAUGUUAAAGGAGUCUCAGCUGAACCUUUAGA